AUGUCGUCUGGUUAUCGAGGCGGAAGAGGCCAGUCGGGUUCUGGUGCCCCUGCCGGUGGUGAGGGCGCGAGUCCUGUAGCUGGUCAGGGUCAGCAACCCCUUCCACAACAGCAACAACAGCAACAACAGCAACAACAGCAACAACAACAACAACAACAACAUACACACCAUGGACAUCACCAACAUCAGCAGCAGCACCAUUAUCAACAGUACGUGGCAUCUCCUCAGGCAGUUGCUGCUGCUGCUGCUGGCCACAGUUUUUCUCCGUACGAUAUGUAUCAGCCCGCGGCAUACGGUUUCUACACUGGUCCGCUACAGGGAAGUCAGGUCGCUUACUAUGCUGCUACAGGGUCCCCUGGUCAUUUGCCAGCUGUUUUAGACACUUCUCGUGGAGCUGGCGGUGUGCCAAUUCCUGGCAGUCCUGGUCUUGUUCAUGGAUCUCCUAUUCCUACCAGAACUCAGCCGGUUAAAGGUGCUUCUAUCAAGUUGAUAGAUCCUUAUACUCAUGAACCUAUUGAUUUGAGUGCUCAUAAACCUGUUACGGUGUCGAGUCCUUCUCCCGCUGCUCAUAGCAGUUUAUCCAGUGGAAGUGCCUCGCCAAGACCUGUUAGUGCAUCUCCUAAACCAGCUGCUUCGUCGAUUGGAAUCGCUGGUUCUCCAACUACUGCCAGAUCGACAAGUCCUGUCAAGAUUCAGAACCAGCUCAAAGAACAGAUUCGUCAGAAACUGUUAGAAGAAAAAAUGAAGAAAGAAGCUGCCGAGGCUGAAAAGAAAGCCGAGCUUGAUCGUGUAGAGAAGGAAAAACGCGAGGCAGAGGAACUGGCUAAACGUGAAGCCGACGAAAAAGCUCGUAAAGAAGCAGAGGCUAAAGAAGCUGCUGAAAAGGAGGCUGCUGAAAAGGUCGCUGCUGAAAAAGCUGCUGCUGAAAAGGCUGCUUCUGAAAAGGCUGCUGCUGAAAAGGCUAUUGCUGAUAAGAAAAAGGCCGAUGAAGAUGCUUCUGCUGCUGCCACUGCUGCUUCUGCUACUACAGCUACUGAUUCUUCUUCUGGUGCUACUGCUGCUGCUGCUACUGGUGAGACCACAGAAUCAGUGGCUGCUGGUCGUGCUGCUACUGGUGCCGAUUCAUUGAAUGGUCGUGUUUCGAAUCGCAUUCCUGGUCAGCUUCCUAGUGGACCAGCUGCUGGAGUUCCUCCAACUGCUGGAGCCGGACCUGGUCCUGCUGGCGCUCCUGCUGCUGCUGCUGCUCCUGCUCCUACUUUUACAGCCAACCCCGCGGCUACUGCUCAACUUGCUAAAGCUACUCGUCCUAGUAGCGAGGAAGUCAGCAGCUUCACAUAUCCUAAUGGCAUUACCCCUCCUAGUACCCGUUCCGUUAAUGCAUUCAUAUACGACAUUGACUUCUUGCUACAGUUCCAAUCGGUAGUCAACUUCCCUCCUCGUGAUAACUGGGAGGCUAUUAAGAACAUUAUGAACCUUGAAAAUGUUGGCGGUGGUGCUGGUGGUAAGUCGUUUUCCAAGGGCUCGUUUGCUAGAAGUGGUUCUAUGCGUAAUAUGAGCGUUGGAGGCCACAGCCAGCAAGCUAUGGGCUCAUUUGGCUCGGGUGGUAAUUUCCGUAACAUGGGUGAUAGAAAUGUUUCUGGAUCUUUUGGUGGUAACAUGGGAGGUGGUCACAAGGGACUCAGUAGAAUGUCUUCUUCGACCAAUCUCGGCGCUUCAAUGGGUUCUAAGAGUGGUAGACAAGGUUCAUCCAAGAGAAGAGGUGGUGGUGACAGACAAGGAUCGAACCGUGGUGGAGACCAUGGCGGUGCUCAUGGCAGUCAUAACGGUCCUAAUGAUGGAUCUGCCCCAGCAGCACCAGCUGCUCCUGCUGAGAAGCUUGUCAGAUCAGCCAAUGCUUGGGUACCAAAAGUACGAACUGCUAAGCCAGCUGACGAAAAUGCAUUAUUAUCGCCCGAAGAGGUGCAAAGAAAGGUCAACUCUCUUCUUAAUAAGAUGACUCUUGAGAACUUUGACCGUAUCUCUCAGCAAAUCAUGGAAAUUACUGAUCAAUCCAAGAAGGAGAAGGACGGUCGUACUUUAAGACAGGUAAUUGAAUUGACAUUUGCCAAGGCUGUAGAUGAACCUCACUGGUCGAAAAUGUAUGCACAAUUCUGUCGUCAAAUGACAUCUAAGGUUGACAAGGACAUUGAAGACGAGAAUGUCAAGGAUGCUAAGAACAAUCCAGUUAAGGGAGGAGCUCUUUUCAGAAAGUAUUUGCUUACCAGAUGUCAAGAAGAGUUUGAACGUGGUUGGACUGACAAGUUGCCAACCAACCCUGACGGUUCAGCUAUUGACCCCGAGGUCAUGUCCGAUGAGUAUUAUGUCAUGGUGACUGCCAAGAGAAGAGGUCUUGGUUUGAUUCGUUUCAUUGGUGAAUUGUACAUGUUGGAGCUGUUGUCGGAGAAGAUCAUUCAUGCUUGUAUCACCAAACUGUGUAGUCAAGACGACCCUAGUGAGGAUGUUAUUGAAUCACUUUGUCAAUUGAUGACCACUGUGGGAGGUACUUUAGAAGCCACUACUACUCUUAAGACGCAUUUCGAGUACUACUUUGAACGAAUGGACUUUUUCCGCAAGAAGGAGGGUUUGCCCAGUCGUCUGAAGUUCAUGAUUAUGGACGUUCUCGAUCUGAGAAAGGCGAAAUGGCAGAACAAGCGACUUGACAAGGGUCCCAAGACCCUUUCCGAGAUCCACGAUGAGGCUGCUCGUAAGCAACAAGCUGAAGAAGCUGCUAGACAAGUUCGUAACAACCGUUCUGGUCGUGGUUUAGGAGGUUCAUACAGAGGAGAUGCUCGUGGCGAUGCUCGAUCCGACUCGUUGAGAUCCAGUAAUAUGAUGGCCGGAGAUCUGAGUAAAAUCGGCAUGAUCCGAAGCCAGAGCGGUCACCAGACCCUUGGCCCUUCGUCUAUGUUAAACAGAGAUGUCGGUGGUAGUGGAAGUAGCCGAAAAUCUACCUCGUCAGCUGGUCUUUCGUUGUCUAAAGAAGGAUCUAGAACCCCCAGUCAGAACACCCGGGCCAAUAUCUUUGAGCACCUGAAUUCUGACGAGGAGUCUGGCAAGGAUGAUAAGAAGAGUGACGAAGAGGACACUAAAGACACUUCAGCUUCUGCUGCUGCUGCAUCUGUUUCCAGCGAGUCAGUUACGAAAUCUGCUGAAAGUUCGCCAGAAAAGCCCGUUGCUGCCAGUGCCACUAGCAGUGAGCCAUCUGAGACCGAGCCAACCGCAGAAACUGCUGCUGUUGCAACGUCUGAAGCUGCUGAAACCCAAGACUAA